GGGGGAUAUUUGAAACUAAACAACUCGGCUUGUCCUUCAGUCGCAGCUCGCUGUGUUCCUCUAUCCGGCGUCGGAUCUGUUAAAUAACACUUUUAAUACCAGAUAGACAUUUUAAACUGAGUAUAUAGACGCAUAAAUAUAUAAGACUACGUUAGAUGUUGUUUCUGUAACCGGUCGCUUUUUAUAUACGUGUUAUUUUUUUGGAUUAGCGUUAGCAUUAUUGCUAACUUGGCCAGCUAGCCGGUCAAGCUAGCAAGACAGCAUUAAAGCUCAACGCUCUCCUUCUGAACUGCUGAAGAAGAUUUAAGAUUGAAAACGCUGAGAUGGAUCCUGCUGCUAGGAUCAGAUCAUCCAAGGACCUGAUGAUUCAGAAAGCAGACGGUGAAAAGGUUUUAAGCAACGGGCCGAAGAGGGUUCCCGUGACGCAGAGCUGCCACAAACCGGCGCCGGCUCCGAGCCACACGUCCGUGCUCGGCGUCUCUCAGGGCCCGCAGCGAGUCCAGAGGCCUCGCAGUGAACAGAAAAGCCCGUGCGGCGGAGAGCAGAAUAUUAACCCGGCUCAGACUCAACCCAAACCCCAACCCCAACCAGCACAGACUCAGCCCAAACCCGCUCACGCCGCCACCCAGUGCGUUAAACCCACAGAGCCCAAGCAGGACAAACCUAACCAGAAACCUGCCAAUGGGACGAACAACGCGUCCAACACGGACAAGAAGCCGUGGAGUCUGGAGAACUUCGACAUCGGCAGGGCUCUCGGGAAGGGCAAGUUUGGAAGCGUGUACUUGGCCAGAGAGAGACAGACCAAGUUCAUCCUGGCCCUGAAGGUGCUUUUUAAAAAGCAGCUGGAGAAAGCCGGCGUGGAGCACCAGCUCAGGAGAGAGGUGGAGAUCCAGUCGCAUCUCAGGCAUCCCAACAUCCUGCGUCUGUACGGCUACUUCCACGACUCGGCGCGCGUCUACCUCAUCCUGGAGUUCGCUCCUAAAGGCGAGCUGUACGGAGAACUGCAGCGCUGCAGGAUGUUUGACGACCAGCGCAGCGCCACGUAUAUAAUGGAGCUAGCCGAUGCUCUGUACUACUGCCAUUCAAAGAAAGUCAUCCACAGAGACAUUAAACCUGAGAAUCUGUUGUUGGGAGCAAACGGGGAGCUGAAGAUCGCAGAUUUCGGGUGGUCCGUCCACACGCCGUCCUCAAGGAGGUCUACGCUAUGCGGCACGCUUGACUAUCUUCCUCCAGAGAUGAUCGAGGGCAAGACCCACGACGAGAAAGUGGACCUCUGGAGUCUGGGCGUCCUCUGUUACGAGUUUCUGGUCGGGAAUCCUCCUUUCGAGACGAAGAGCCACGAAGAAACGUACCGCAAGAUCUCCAGGGUCGAGUUCACUUAUCCGCCCCACGUGAGCGAGGGUGCCAGAGACCUGAUCAGCAGACUCUUGAAACACAACCCGAUGCACCGACUCCCCAUCCAAGGAGUCCUGACUCAUCCCUGGGUCGUGGAAAACUCCACCAAGAAGCCGACUAGCUUCACUCGAGCCGCUAAAGAGCCGUCUCAGUGAGCAUGCUGCGUGGCUCAAACACAAACUAUGGAUUAGAGAUGCUGAGAGAUGGCAGUAAUUCCUGAGCCUGGCUGCCUUUCCCUCCCCUCCUCGUGUGCACGUCACAUUUCCCUCUCCUAUCUUCAUUCUCUCCUUCCUUCCUUCCUGUAAAUAUUUAACUGUUCAGAAUUAUGAAAAUGUACCUGUUAUUACUUGAAACAAUAAAUCUGUUUUUAAGCGUUGAAAGUGUUGCCUACAGUAAGGGAGCUUCAUGGAGCUUCAUGGAGCUUUUAAAAGUACAAUGAUUUAUUUCAGUGUUCUAGGACCUACAGUUUUUCCCAAACAAGAUAGGAAGGCAAACUAAUUAUGUAAUUAUGAUGAACAUGUGGCCAGUUUGCAGUCCUUCAGUAAUAUGAAGUGUUCAUUCAUUCUCCAGAAAGGUGCAAUAUGUGAAUGUGAGCUGAUUUUUGCUGGGGGAUUUGUGGGUUUACGUGUUGAGCAUUUGUAUUUUGAAACAUUUCACCACACCACUAUUUAAAAAGCUACACAGAAACAACUUUAUAUGCUUGUUUAUUGCAAAAUAAAUAAUGUUGAAUUUU